AUGGCACCCAGCAGAGGAAGUCGUUGUCUUAUUCGCGCACACCAAGCUCUCAGAUUCAGCGGAGAAUCCCAGCAUCGGACUUUUGCGACGGCUAGUAUCUAUGGUUCCGGACACAACAGAUGGUCAAAGAUCAAGCACGACAAGGGCAAGGCGGAUGCGGCGAUGAACAAGCAAAGGUCCGCUUUUGCUCAUGAAAUCGCCACUGCAUCCAAACUCUUCGGUCCAGAAUUGAGCGGCAAUCCAAGGUUGGCAGAUCUCGUCACGAAGGCCAAAAAAGCGGGCUUCCUAAAGGCAUCCAUCGAGGCGGCUAUAGCACGAGGACAGGGUCGCAGUACGACCGGCGCAAGCCUGGAAAAUGUUACAGUCGAAGGUCUAUUACCACACAAUAUCGCUGUAAUUGUCGAAUGCGAGACGGAUAGGAAGCUUCGUGCCUUGGCUGAGGUCCGGACAGUCAUCAAGGAUAGUGACGGGAGCUCAACACCCACCAGCUAUCUGUUCUCCAAAAAGGGACGGGUUGUUUUGGAAGAAAAAGAUGGCAUUGGCAUGGAACAAGUCCUUGAGCCGGCUCUUGAGGCGGGUGCGCUAGAUGUGAACGAGGAUGCCGACGGCAGAAUUGUGGUACAUACAGAGCCUGGCGAAACAAGAGCUGUCGGAGAUGCUAUCUCUCAGGCGCUUGAAGUUCAGAUCGCCACAUCUGAAAUCAUUUGGGAUCCGAAUGAAGACACGAUGGUCACUCUUCCUGAUGAGUCUGCCGUGGAUGAGAUAUGCAAGUUCAUUGAUAACCUUCGGGACCGCGACACCAGCGUACAGUCGAUCGCGCUCAACGUCAAACAAGGAUCCGUCGGAAACGAUGCUUGGGAAAACCUCCAGAGCAGACUAUAA